AUGUCUGCCGCAUUGCCUUAUUUACAGAAACUGCGCAAGUCCCAACUGACGGACUGGGCGGAAGCGACUGAUCUUCACAACUACGAGGAAUACAAUAAGCCCGAACUCGCCACGCUGCUGGAUCAACAUCUCCAGGCCAACCAAUCCAUCUUCGCCAAGGAUGCGCGACUAACGGAUUACUACCGACGCCUGUCGCAAACCCCGCGCAAGGGGUCGCCGAUCAAGAGAGACCCCCGAGUGGAAGUCUCGCCGCUCGCGAAAGAAACACCGCGGUCAGUGCUCCGGUCGGCGCGUCGCAGGCAGACACGAGCCCUGGAGGAAGAGGUGAAGGAAGAGGCGGCGACGGAGGAGACGCAGGAGGAACCCAAGGAGGAACCCAGGGAGCAGCCCAAGGCCGAACCCAAGGAGGAGACUGAGCAACUCCCAGAGGAUUCCGACGCGUCCCCACCACCUGUCUUCCAGACGCCCGGGCCGUCCCCGCUGAACUUUCAAUCGGCCUUGCCGGCAUCGCCGGCCCUCAUCGCUGAUGCAGUCGACCGAGAAUCCGUCGCGUGGCGCAAUAAGGCUAGCGAUUGGUGGACUGGCUCCGGGGUGCCGGAUGGCACACAGUCUCUGCGCUCCUUGCUCAGCAGUGUCAAGGCCGUCCAGAUUCUGACAUUGCUGCUCGAAGGAUGUUCCAUCAUUUAUGAAAUUCUGCCGCUGCGAUUCGUGUCUACCAUUUCGAUUUGGGCGGUUGAGAUCUCCAUCAAGGUCCCCGACGUCUUUGUUCUCGUCGACGGGGUAUUCUGGGCCCCGUUCUCGCUAUGGCUGCUGACCAGCAUUCUCCUACCGCUGACGGCCGCAUACUUCUUCAACAUCAGCCUGAAUAUCACACAAGGUGGCAGUGCUGCGUCCCACACGCGCCGCAGCCGCGCGUCGCCUGCGAACUUCGACCCGCUCAGCUUCAACAUUGCUAAGGCGGGGCUUGCAUACCUGGUGUAUGCCCAGCAGUUCGACUUCUUCAACCUGUACAGCCAAUACUCGAUUGCCCGGGUGAACGCCGCGGUCCCUGGUCAAUGGGCUGGCUUGGUGACCGGGUCUGCGAUCGGUUUGAUCGGCACUAUCUACGAGGCGAUCCUGCGGAAGUAA